UCUCUCUCUCUCUCUCUCUGAGAGUCUGCACAUCAGUACCGUUUUAGGUUCUGGAAAACACAAGAGGGUUAGAGACUAUAAAAAUCAAGUCUAGGUGUUAACCAACCGGAGGGGGUCAUACCUAGUUUAACACAUUAUUCAAUAGGAUAUUGAUUCUCAAUAAUUAUUAUUGCUAUUUAUUUUCUUUCAAACUGGCUUGAUGUGAAAGGGAAGAACCACUAGUAAUUCCUAGCUGGACUUUACUGGUGCUGUGUUUUGAUACAGCAGCUCUCCAUUUCACUGGCACUGGAAACCACCUCAGAUGAACUUUUUUUUUUUUUUUUCACUGAAGCACUGAUUUUGCUGCAGUUCUUAAUGUUGGAAUAAAAGGGAAGAUAUAAAAAUGAGUGAGGAAGCCAAAGAAAAGGGAGCCGCCAAGCCUGCUCACAGGAAAAAGAAAGGCAAAAAGUCUGACAGCAAUGCCAGUUACCUGAGAGCUGCACGGGCUGGAAACAUAGAAAAGGCCCUUGACUACUUGAAGACUGGGGUCGACAUCAACAUCUGCAACCAGAAUGGGUUGAAUGCUCUUCACCUUGCUUCCAAAGAAGGCCAUGUAGAGGUUGUUGUCGAGCUGAUAAAGCAGGGAGCUAAUGUGGAUGCAUCAACAAAGAAAGGAAACACUGCGCUACAUAUAGCCUCACUAGCUGGACAGAACGAGGUGGUGAAAGAGCUGGUCACGAACGGAGCAAAUGUGAAUGCCCAAUCACAGAAUGGCUUCACACCGUUGUAUAUGGCAGCGCAGGAAAACCACCUUGAAGUCGUCAAGUAUCUCCUUGACAAUGGCUCCACUCAAAGCAUUGCAACAGAGGAUGGUUUUACACCUUUGGCAGUUGCUCUGCAGCAAGGCCAUGACCAGGUGGUGUCUCUCUUGCUGGAGAACGACACCAAAGGGAAGGUCCGGCUCCCAGCUCUUCACAUCGCAGCCCGCAAAGACGACACCAAGGCGGCCGCACUGCUUUUACAGAGCGACCACAACGCAGACGUGGAGUCCAAGAUGGUGGUGAAUAGAACGACGGAGAGUGGCUUUACCCCGCUUCAUAUAGCUGCUCACUACGGAAAUAUCAAUGUUGCCACACUGUUGCUCAACCGAGGUGCUGCUGUAGACUUCACAGCGAGGAAUGACAUCACACCUCUGCAUGUUGCUUCAAAGAGAGGCAAUGGCAACAUGCUCAAGCUGUUGUUGGAGCGAGGAUCCAAAAUUGAUGCCAGAACAAAGGACGGACUGACCCCCUUACACUGUGGAGCACGAAGUGGCCAUGAACAAGUUGUAGAAAUGCUGCUUGAUCGUGGGGCCCCCAUUCUAUCCAAAACAAAGAACGGGCUGUCUCCACUACACAUGGCGACACAAGGGGAUCAUCUCAACUGCGUUCAACUUCUGCUUCAGCAUGAUGUGCCUGUUGAUGACGUCACGAACGACUACUUGACAGCACUGCAUGUUGCCGCACACUGUGGUCACUACAAAGUUGCCAAGGUCCUCUUAGACAAAAAGGCCAACCCUAAUGCCAAAGCACUGAAUGGUUUCACACCACUUCAUAUCGCCUGCAAGAAGAACCGUGUUAAAGUGAUGGAACUUUUGCUGAAGCAUGGAGCAUCGAUCCAAGCUGUUACUGAGUCAGGGCUAACACCAAUUCAUGUUGCUGCCUUUAUGGGACAUGAAAAUAUUGUGGCACAGUUAACACACCACGGAGCAUCUCCAAAUGCAACCAACGUGAGAGGAGAAACAGCACUCCACAUGGCUGCCAGGGCAGGACAAGCUGAGGUUGUUAAAUACCUUGUGAAGAAAGGAGCUCAGGUAGAGGCGAAGGCUAAGGAUGACCAGACUCCACUGCACAUCUCUGCUCGUCUAGGAAAGGCUGAUAUUGUUCAGCAGUUGUUACACCAUGGAGCAUCUCCUGACGCUUCCACGACUUCGGGUUACACUCCACUGCACCUGGCCGCCCGAGAGGGGCAUGAAGACGUGGCCUCGGUCCUGCUGGAGCAGGGAGCCUCCCUGGCUGUCAACACAAAGAAAGGAUUUACUCCUUUACAUGUGGCAGCAAAAUACGGGAAAAUUGAAGUUGCCAACCUUCUACUUCAAAAAGCUGCGUCUCCUGAUGCAGCAGGGAAGAGUGGUUUAACUCCACUGCAUGUAGCAGCGCACUACGAUAACCAGAAAGUGGCACUUCUUCUCCUGGACCAGGGAGCCUCCCCACACGCAGCAGCAAAGAAUGGCUACACUCCAUUGCAUAUUGCUGCCAAAAAGAAUCAAAUGGAUAUCGCCACAACCCUGCUGGAAUAUGGGGCUGAUACAAAUGCAGUUACCCGGCAAGGCAUCAGCCCUGUACACCUGGCAGCACAGGAAGGGAAUGUGGACAUGGUCUCUUUGCUGCUUGCCAGGAAUGCCAAUGUCAAUCUUGGCAACAAGAGUGGUUUGACGCCUCUCCAUUUAGCUGCUCAAGAAGACAGAGUAAAUGUUGCAGAGGUUCUUGUCAACCAAGGGGCAACAGUCAAUCCGCAGACAAAGAUGUGUUACACUCCAUUACAUGUCGCAUGUCACUAUGGGAAUGUGAAGAUGGUAAACUUCCUUUUGCAACAGCGCUCUAAAGUCAACGCCAAAACCAAGAAUGGGUACACUCCCCUCCAUCAAGCCGCCCAGCAAGGACACACCCAUAUCAUUAAUAUCCUGCUGCAACAUGGCGCUUCCCCUAAUGAGCUGACUGUGAAUGGCAACACUGCACUGUCCAUUGCCAGGAGACUUGGCUACAUCUCUGUGGUGGACACACUGAAGGUGGUAACAGAAGAAACACUGACCACUACGACUGUGACAGAAAAGCAUAAAAUGAAUGUUCCUGAAACAAUGAACGAGGUCCUUGAUAUGUCAGAUGAUGAAGUUCGUAAAGCCAAUGUUCCUGAAAUUCUCAAUGAAGCUGACUAUGUUUCAGAUGUUGAAGAAGGUGAGGAUGCAAUAACUGGAGAUACUGACAAAUACCUGGGACCCCAAGACCUGAGAGAGCUGGGCGACGACUCUCUUCCUCAGGAAGGGUAUAUGGGCUUCAGCAUUGGCGCUCGCUCUGCCAGCCUCCGCUCCUUCAGUUCGGAUAGGUCUAACACCCUGAACAGAAGCUCAUUCGCCAGGGACAGCAUCAUGAUUGAAGAGAUCCUAGCCCCACCGAAGGAUACGCUUCAGAGUGUGCUCAAAGACUAUUCCUUCAUUAUCGAUUCUCAGAACAAGCACCUGACAGUGACUAGGGAGUAUGACUCAGACUCGCUGAGACGCUAUAGCUGGACAGCAGAUGCCCUUGACAAUGUGAACCUUGUUUCCAGCCCUAUUCAUUCUGGCCUUUCCUCUCCACUUCCCCAGUAUGACUCAAGGUUUCUGGUCAGCUUCAUGGUUGAUGCCCGUGGAGGUUCGAUGAGGGGCAGUCGCCACAAUGGCAUGCGGAUCAUUAUCCCUCCUCGGAAGUGCACGGCGCCCACACGCAUCACCUGCCGACUGGUUAAGAGACACAAGCUUGCCAGCCCACCGCCCAUGGUUGAGGGAGAGGGACUUACCAGUCGGCUUGUAGAAGUCGGGCCUGCAGGGGCGCAGUUUUUGGGCCCCGUGAUAGUGGAAAUCCCCCAUUUUGGAUCAAUGCGAGGCAAAGAGAGAGAACUGAUUAUACUCAGGAGUGAGAACGGAGAGACUUGGAAGGAGCACCAGUACGACUGCAAGUCUGAAGACUUGAAUGAGGUCCUAAACGGAAUGGAUGAAGAACUUGACAGUUUGGAUGACCUGGAGAAGAAACGCAUUUGUCGAAUCUUCACUAAGGAUUUCCCCCAGUACUUUGCCGUGGUGUCUCGUAUUAAACAGGAGAGCAAUCAGAUGGGCCCUGAGGGGGGUGUCCUCCGCAGCAUUACUGUGCCAAUGGUGCGGGCGUCUUUCCCAGAAGGGGCCUUGACCAAGAAAAUCCGUGUUGGUCUUCAGGCUCAGCCAGCACCAGAUGAAAUUGUCAAAAAGAUUAUUGGAAAUAAAGCCACGUUCAGCCCAAUUGUAACCGUGGAACCCAGGAGAAGGAAGUUUCAUAAACCCAUCACCAUGACGAUUCCUGUGCCUCCUCCCUCUGGAGAAGGUGUAACCAAUGGAUACAAAGGAGACACCGCUCCUUGUCUGAGACUCCUGUGUAGUAUAACGGGGGGCACCUCACCAGCCCAGUGGGAAGAUAUUACUGGAACCACCCCACUGACGUUUGUGAAUGAAAGCGUUUCUUUUACAACAAAUGUUUCUGCCAGAUUUUGGCUCGCAGACUGCCACCAAGUCCCAGAAACUGUUGGGCUAGCCACGCAGCUUUACAGAGAGUUAAUCUGUGUUCCCUACAUGGCCAAGUUUGUUGUAUUUGCCAAAAUGAACGAUCCUGUAGAAUCCCGCCUGCGAUGCUUUUGCAUGACGGAUGACAAAGUGGACAAGACAUUGGAACAGCAGGAGAACUUUGAAGAAGUUGCCAGAAGCAAAGACAUUGAGGUUCUGGAAGGAAAACCAAUCUACGUCGAUUGCUAUGGCAAUCUGGCUCCUUUGACUAAAGCAGGACAACAGCUGGUGUUUAAUUUUUAUGCGUUCAAGGAGAACAGACUGCCUUUCUGCGUAAAGGUACGAGACAAUAGUCAAGAGCCAUGCGGGCGAUUAUCGUUCCUAAAAGAGACGAAAAUCACAAAAGGAGUACCCCAGGCAGCGGUCUGCAACUUAAAUAUUACACUGCCAGCCCACAAGAAGGAAACCGAGUCAGAUCAAGACGAUGAGGCUGAAAAACCAGAAAGACGUCAUACCUUUGCAUCUUUAGCCUUACGUAAGCGCUACAGCUAUCUGGCUGAGCCUGGAAUGAAAACAGUUGACCGAAGUGCAGGACCAGCAAGAACACUGCCUGCUGCUUACGCUUACAAACCUGUCUUUUCAACACGAUCUUACCAGGCAUGGUCAACUGCUCCAAUUACCGUACCUGUGCAAGCGAAAUCUGGAUUCACAUCCUUAUCCAGCUCCUCUUCAAACACUCCAUCUGCUUCGCCAUUAAAGUCGGUCUGGUCUAUUUCUUCAGCAUCUCCAAUCAAGUCCACAUUCGGAGCUUCUACUGCAUCUUCAGAUAUAGCAUCUCCAAUCAGGUCAUUUAGAUCAAUGUCCUCACCAAUAAAGACUGUAGUGCAGCAAGCCCAGUACCCUGUUCAGAUGUCUACUACUUCAAUGUCUUCGCCUGGCAAAUCCUCAUUAGUGUCAGAAGCUGCCUCUGUAAAAGGACUUGCUUCUUCACUUUCUUCAAGGACUUCCCCAGUCGUUACAGCAGGGUCUUUACUAGAAAGAUCCUCAAUCACUAUGACCCCACCAGCUUCCCCUAAAUCCACAGUUAACAUGUAUGCUUCAACAUUGCCAUUUAAAUCAGUUAUGACUUCUGCAGCACCUAUCACAUCUUCCACUAUAAAGUCAAUAUCUGCCUUAUCUUCAAUGAAAUCCACAGCAGAUACCGCUGGUGCUAAAGGAACGCUGACUUCCUCGCUGUCCUCUCCAGCUAAGUGUGCUGUAGCAUCUACUGGAACAAUGCUGCUUAAUGGAUCAGUUUCACCAGUUAAAUACCCAUCAUCCUCAGCGACUAUUUUAAUCUCUGGAGUUACUUGUAGUUUGCAAGAAAAGAUACACACAACAACACAAGCCGCAACCACAAGUGUCAGUGCUGCUAUUGAUGAAGUAGAAAAAACGUUUACUUCUGCCACUGCAUCUGCCUAUGCUCCUCUGAAAUGCAUGUCCUCUUCCACUUCCUCAGCUUUCCAGUCUGCCAGAGCUCCAGCAGCAAGUUCCUUGUAUGCCUCUUUGCUAUCAGCUUCUUCUGCAACAGCAUCUGUAACGUCUGCAACGAUUACUGUACCAGUAUAUUCAGUUGUGAAUGUUCUAUCGGAACCCCAAUUAAAAAAACUGCCAGAGACAUCUGUAACAAAAUCAGCAGCUGCACUAUUGUCACCUAUUAAGACACAGCCCACAGAGGCACGAACACAGUCUUCCUUUUCAAGGACUUUGUCCCCAAUUAAAUCCUCCUUAUUCAUUUCCACCGCAGCACCUAAAUCAACCACUGCAUCCACUUUAUCAUCAAGUCAGGAAAUACUGAAAGAUGUCGCUGAUAUGAAGGAGGAUCUGAUAAGAAUGACUGCUAUAUUGCAGACAGAUUCCUCCACGGCUAGUAAAAACGUCCACCCUGACGCGCCUAAGGAACCUAAAAUGGAAGAUGAGGAGCCAUUUAGAAUUGUUGAAAAGGUCAAGGAAGACCUUGUUAAAGUCAGUGAGAUCCUUAAGAAGGAUGUGACGUUUGUUGAUAAUAAAGACUCCUCUAAAGAGAACUCGCCAGAAGAAGACUGGGUUGAGUUUUCUAAAGAUGAAAUAGAGGAAGCCCAACAGAAUGCCAGGCAAUGUCUUCCAAGCUAUGAGACAGAAACCACUCAAGCGAAAACCAAAUCCAUUUCUGAUAAAGACUUUAACUUAUCAAGGGUAGUUGAUUAUUUGACAAAUGACAUUGGUGCUAGCUCUCUCUCAAAAAUGUCAGACAUUAAAUAUAGAUACGAUGAAGUAAAGAAAGAGGGGGAAGAAAAGCAGAAACGUAUUCUAAAACCUGCUAUGGCUUUGCAAGAACACAAGCUUAAAAUGCCACCCUCAAGUAUGCGUUCUUCUGCUUCUGAGAAAGAAUUAUGCAAACUUGCAGAUACCAUCUAUGGAAUAGAUGCAAUAUUAGAGUCUCCUGAUGACUUUUCGCAACACGACCAAGACAAGAGCCCGCUGUCAGACAGUGGCUUUGAAACCAGAAGUGAAAAGACCCCAUCAGCACCACAAAGUGCCGAGAGCACUGGACCCAAACCAUUAUUUCAUGACAUGCCCAUUCCCCCUGUUAUUACAGAAACACGAACUGAGGUAGUCCAUGUUAUAAGAAGCUAUGAGCCCUCCUCAGAUGAAACUCAGGAACCCCAAACAGAGGUAGCGGGACCAUCGAAAACACCUUCUAUGUUUGCAGAAUCUGAACAAAAGCAAAUUGGAUCUAUAAAAGACAAAGUUAAGGUUUUUCAGAUGAAAGUUAAUUCUGAGGAGGAUGACCACAAAUGUGUUGUAAGCAAGGGCAUGUGUGUUAAAGAAGAGACUCAUAUUACAACCACCACCCGAAUGGUUUACCAUAAGUCCCCCUGCAAAGAAAAUAGUUCUGAAAGGAUUGAGGAAACCAUGUCUGUCAGGGACAUUAUGAAAGCAUUUCAGUCAGGUAGAGACCCCUCCAAAGAGCUUGCUGGUCUAUUCGAACACAGGGCUGGUGCUGAAUCCCCCAAGGGUGCUGAAACAACACAGAGGUAUACUGAAAAAGACACAUCAGCAAAACCCAAGAUAGAAAGAAUAAUCGAGGUUCAUAUUGAAAAAGGUAACAAGGCUGAACCAACUGAAGUCAUCAUAAGGGAAACAAAAAAGCACCCUGAGAAAGAACGGUAUGUUUAUCAGAGAGACCCAUUGCAUGGAGAUCAGGGGUUAAAAGAGAUGACAGACAAACUAGAUGCAGAUGAAGAAGCCCAACAGGAAGAGGAGGAGCUUACAGCAGAGGAAUCUCUUCCUUCCUAUUUAGAAUCUUCCAGAGUAAACACGCCUGUCUCCCAGGAAGAAGACAGUCGACCUAGUUCAGCACAGCUCAUGUCGGAUGAUUCUUAUAAAACAUUAAAGCUAUUAAGCCAACACUCUGUAGAAUACCAUGACGAUGAACUAUCGGAGUUAAGGGGAGAGUCGUACAGUUUUGCUGAAAAAAUGCUUCUAUCUGAAAAGUUAGACAUAUCUCGUUCCGACACAGAGGACUCUAUGACUGACCAGACACAUGCUCGUAGUUCAGAGUUGCAGGGAGCUGAGAGGCAAUACAGUGAAAAAAUGCCCUCAGCUUCCAAGAAGGAAUUCCUGUUAAAGUCCUCAACACCAGGGAAUGGAGCAGGGAAAAUGACUAACCAAGAUGACCAAUACGACAAGCUCACGGUCCUGCACUAUACUGCAGAGCCAGGUAGUCCAAAGCAUGCACUGUGGAUGCGUUUCACUGAAGAUAGACUUGACAGAGGUAGAGAAAAACUCAUAUAUGAAGACAGAGUAGAUCGGACUGUUAAAGAAGCAGAAGAGAAGCUGACUGAGGUUUCUCAGUUUUUUCGUGACAAAACAGAGAAACUUAAUGAUGAGCUCCAGUCUCCAGAGAAGAAGCCAAAAAAGAGAGAAGCCAGGGAAACCAGGUCGGGCCCCAGCUCUACCAGCAGUAGCCCUGAAAAGAUGCAGCUUAAUGAUGCAGGAGCCAAAGAGGAGUGGGGUCCAGAGAGUCCCUGUGAGAGGACUGAUCUAAGAAUGGCAAUUGUAGCCGAUCAUUUGGGUCUGAGCUGGACUGAGCUGGCGAGAGAAAUGGAUUUCUCAGUCGACGAAAUAAACCACAUUCGAGUGGAGAACCCCAACUCAUUGAUUGCACAAAGUUUCAUGCUAUUAAAAAAAUGGGUUAGCAGAGAUGGAAAAAAUGCUACAACUGAUGCCUUAACUGCUGUGCUGACAAAGAUCAAUCGGAUGGAUAUUGUGACCUUGCUGGAAGGCCCAAUAUUUGAUUAUGGUAACAUUUCAGGCACAAGAAGUUUUGCAGAUGAUAGCGCUGUUUUCCUGGAUCAGGCUGAUGGUUACUGCGACAUCCAAAGGGAACUUCAGACUCCCACUGAGCUGAAUUAUGUGCCCCCCACCCCUCUCUGGCAAGGCGAUUUUUGUAGCGAUAUGUCUAGCAUAGACUCUACUUUUAGAACUCCCAGUAGGCCCAGCAAUCUUUCAUUGUCUCUGGAAUCACAAAGCUGCUCUACUGCUGGUAAGCCGCCCGUAGUUGCUGCAGAAGAUACUUCCUUGGGAGAUCAGCGGUUUGAUGACUCAGAAAUGCCUUGUCAAGAAAGAGACAAAUCUGUCACUGAUCAGGAUGACCACGAAGAGGACGAUGAAGAAGACAAAAGAGUCACCAAAAUGCACAGUACAUUUUUGGAGAGACUGCAACAAGAGGAUGACGAGCCCCAAUCGGUGGCAUCGGACGUGGCUCGGCCCAUUCAGGUUUACGCGGAGGAAGAAGGCAGUGGGUCUGGUUCUGAGGAGGGGGAGGAGGAAGAGAUGACAGAAACAAAAAUUAAGUCUCUUCUGCAAGACCGGAGACAGGAGGAAGACGAAGAGGGCGAGGAGAUGACAGAGGAGAAAGUGCAGUCUAUUUUAAAACCAGUGCAAAAAACACAAAAAGAAAUGUCUUCAAUUCCAGGUUGGAACAGCGAGUCGUCAAGUGUAAAUGUGGAGCCCCCCACUCCAGGUCGCAGUUUAAGCUCUGACUUGCUAGAUCGACAGAAAAACAGCGAAGAACAGUCCAGUGAUUCCAUGACCUCAUCCUCUAAUGGACACACAGGGAAGCUCAAGCAGAACAGUGAGCGUGCAGACCUGUCCUCCCCACUGUCAGUGACUACACCUGUGGUGCAAGAACCUGCUAAUGGAGUGAAAGGUCAGACCCAGAGAGAAGCACAGAAACAGAAAGUGCCGAAGGGUUCAGUGCGAAUUGAGGAGCACACAGGGCUGGACUACCCAAGAUCCCAAGAAGAGACGACAAAGCCUAUUGUGGAAGAGCCAGUGACACCCUCGUCUGUCAGUGGUAAACAAAUGAGCUGGGACUCGCCAGAAGAUGGCAAACCAGGAUCAAGCAUAAAGGAGGAAGACACUCUGCUAUCUAAACACAAAGUGCAGGCGCAUAGGGAUAGUGAAUCAAGCUCGGAUGAAGAACGGACUGUCACCACCAGAGUUAUCCGGAGACGGGUGAUUUUAAAGGGAGAGCAAGCGAAAAACAUUCCUGGUGAAUCAGUCACGGAAGAACAGUUCACAGAUGAAGACGGCAACAUCAUAACGAGAAAAGUCAUCAGGAAAGUAAUCAGACGUGUGGUUACUGCAGAGGACAGAGAACGUGAAAAAGGGAGAAAGGAACGAGACUACAAAGAAACACUAAAAAUAGAGGAGGAGGACUAUUCUAAAUACUCAGAAACCCAAACUACACAGCCGGAGCAGGGUGAAGGAUACAAGAUUAAAGUGAAAAAAGAAGUCCGACAUGUAGAGAAAAAGAUCCAUUCAUAAUGUUCACUGUGUUCCCUAAAGGUACACAUUAUUAGAAUCCUGGGCAGAGAAUACUGGAAAAUCACCACAAUACAGUGUGUCUGCUGCUUCCACACAUUAACGCAUGGUUUUUCUCAAGAGGACUUUUUGAUUUAGCAUGAGCAUGGAAACUCACUUUCUUUCAAUGAACUGGAGCGUUAUAAUUAAUAAAAUGAUGUGCCAUGGUGUUAAAAAGACCAUUUUUUCAGUUGAAAUGGUGUCAGCAAAAAUUAAACCAACAAAAUAAAACAAGAACAUUUACUGUGACCAAAGAUGGCACAAAAGAAAACAGAUGGGUGAUAUAGGAGGGACACUUUUUUGAAUCACCAACUACAACUACUGCAUUCGCCUUAUAUUUUUCUUGGACCCAUAAUGUCAGGGUGAAAAAUUCUGUUUGUCUGUUUUUAACAAAAAUGAUCAGUGAUUUUGCUGUAUAUAAAUGACACUGUGUAAAUUCUACAAUAAGUAGCUCACAUAUUACGAAGACACUGACUUAAAAGAACAUUACAAGUGCUUUGAAAUGAAAUGGCAAUGGCGUAGUGGUUCCACUUUAAGAAAAAAAAAACAGAGGCUUGAGUGUAACUUUACAGAUUCUUGUAUAAUUAUUAGCAGGUAUAAUGUUUGUAAAUGAAAAAAAGCUUGAUGUUAACAGAAGAAAACGUUUUCUUUAAAAUCCGCAGCGACUUUCAAUAAUUCCCAAAAUGGGAAUACCUGUAGUGCUGUGAAAACUUUUCUUCAGAGUACUAAUAUUUUGAUGCAUGCGAUUCACCUUAUUUUAAUUACAAUUUUUCUAAGUUUGAAAACACUAUAAUAAUAAUACGAAUAACAACACAUUUUAUCAGUGUAAACACAUAGCCUUAACAUGUGUCACUGUCUGCAGUUUUUUAAAGAAAAAUAUCCUAGACAUUAUCCAACACGCAAAACAAGGGGGUGGCUAGGGCACUUAAUUUUCUUGCUUAUAGAAGGGAUAACUGCUUGCAAAUGAAUAAAACGAAGUGCUGCUCUGGUAAGCACAGGCUUGAAUACUAUGAAAGAAAUGAUCCGAAUGUAUAUGUGAGUAGACCAGGCACGCUGUAAAAUUAUAACUGUAUCAUGUGCAUUGGCUAUAAGAUUUAGAAUCUUUCCGUAAGCCGAUCAUUUAUCAUUCUAGCAGUGUAAUAAUAGGUUUUAAAGGCUGCUGUGGUAAAAAAAAAAAAAAAAGGGCAUUUUUAUUUGGGUUUUGGUGAAAUAUUUCCUUUUGUUGAGUCUAUUCAUAUGAGGACACCUAAGGCAUUCGUUGAUAGUAGCUCUAAUAACAUAUAUAUUGGAAAACAAAAACAUCAAACACUGGAUGAUCUAGUUGAUUAUUUAAGCAUAAAAUAAAUUGUGUUUAAACUCUG